AUGAAACUCAUCCUCCUUUCGGUCACAUGUGUGUUCGCGAGCUUCUUUACCCCCAGUGAAAGUACAAACGACCUCACCGUUUGCCUAUCCACCCUAAUCACCGGAAACGUGGCACGGUUCGCUUACCAAGUUAACCUCUUCGGUGCCUCUCCCGAUUUACUGGAAUCUAUUCAGCUCCGAAAUGACCCCCGGAUAACGGUUAACUUGGCACCGUACGAUCAGCUGCGUGACUUCAACCACCGUCAGUUGGUGGUUUGGAUUGUGGAUGCGAUGCAAUCGUUCGCAAACCAGAUCGAAGCCGUUCGAGAGUUGAAUGUGGAGUUCCGGGGACACUUCGUACUCGUACUGACGACGGGGGAAUUCGUUUGGAAGGAAGUUUUGGAUCGCUUUUGGGAUAUGGGUGUUACGAAUGUGGUUUUGCUGGUUGAGAUGGAAGGUGAGGAACGGGAGGUAGUGAUGGUGGGAUACGAACCGUUCCAGGAGGACUGCUGCAGGUGCGUUGUGCCGAAGAUUGUGGAUCGAUGCAAGGCGGGAGCUUUCGAGGAAGGACGGUUUGAGGGGUUGUUCGAUAACUACGUGCGGAAUUUGCACGGCUGUUCGUUGCGGAUUGCGACUUUUACGCGGCUUCCGUUUAUUGAGGUGUUUUCCGAAGGUGAACGAAUGAGACUUCUAGGGGUGGAAGGUGAACUGUUGGGAACUAUCGCGACUAGGAUGAACUUCUCGAUUGAGAUUGUGGUUCCGACAGAUGGUCACUCUUGGGGACGGCUCUUCCCCAACGGAUCCGGCUUGGGUGCGAUGGGACUGGUGAUUCGGAACGAAGCGGACUGCACCAUUGGCGGAUACGUGCCGUAUCCGCGGCUAAUGGAGCUUAUGAGUGCGUCCUUCGGGUACUACAUGACGGAUUUUGUGUUUGUAGUUCCGGAGGAACUGGCGGAGGUGUCGUCGCUAGAGCAGUUCGUUAAUCCAUUGGGGACGUGGAUUUGGAUCGGAAUGGUGGUGGUUCUGGGAACAGCCUACGUGGUGAUUGUCGCGCUAAGCUGUCCGAUGGUUGGUCACUUCAGCCAUCAUCCGGUACUGACGUUGUAUCGCACAACCAUAGGAGACUCCUUGCCGUCGAUUCCGCGAGGGAACUUCUUUCGAUUUUUGCUGUUCCUGCUGCUGUACUACAAUCUGGUGAUUCGGGAGAGCUACAAAGGCUCCAUGAUCAGUCAUUUGACGGAGAAAAGGCACCUGAACGACAUUAGCACCCUGCAGGCUAUGAUGGCAGGAGGUUACCGCUUCGUCGUAACCGAAUCCCUGUACAAUCUGCUCUUCGAGGAAACGUUCCGCCUGGAUGGAACGGUGAUCCUUCUGAACGACGAAGAGUACAUUCGAGGAUUCGAGCAGGUUAUUCGUAGUCGGCGCAGGAUCGCGUUGAUUUCCAUCCCGGAGGAGAUCGUUGACUUCAAUCGGCGUCAUCCGGGUUACUUGAACUUUCGGGUGGCCGGCGAAAAGAUAAUGAUUUUCCACUACAGUGUGUACUUCCGCCGGUCGUUUCCAAUGGUGCGGGAGUUUGAUCGUCUGCUGCGGCGUAUGCUGGCCGGAGGAUUGAUUGCAAAGUGGAACUCCAAGCUGCUGAACCGCAGGUACCAGGUGACGACGCUGGACGAUGAACCGGCGAUGGUGCUCACGAACGGACAUCUUUUCAGUGGGUAUAUUUUUUUCGCCAUUGGAUUGGGGGUAGCAACAUUGACGUUUUUGGUAGAGGUAGUUUCCGAGCGGAGUGCGAUCAUGCGGAAAGUUCUGGAGCGGCUGUAG